CGCCAUGGCAACGCGGCGGCCGCAAACCGCUCCCGGGGCACGCGGCAGCAACGCGGGCUGAGGCGGCGCGGACGCGGGGCGCCGGGGAGCACGCGGCAGAGAGGUGGACACCAGGUAACGGUGGUGGAAGUGCUGAGAAGGGGCCGCCGGAGGAAACCCCUGUCCCUGCCAACACCGCCGUCUCAUCACGUCGACGCUCGCACCUCCGUCCUCAGAGCGCCGUUGACGCCCGUCCUGCUCGCGGGCCGCGCCGGCAUGCCUCUCUUCGGAACCCUUCAGCCCAAAGAAGACCCCCCAAGGAAAUGUGCCUCUCUCUCCAACCUGAGUCUGCUGGACAGAUCGACCCGUGAGAUCGAGCUGGGGCUGGAGUACGGCAAUCCCACCAUGAACCUCGCCGGUCAAAGCCUCAAGUUUGAAAAUGGCCAGUGGGUGGCAGAAUCAGGAAGCUACGGGGAUCGCAGAGAAAUGCAGCGCUUGCAGCGAAACCAGCAGCUGGAGGAAGAAACAACCUCCUUCGGCCUGAAAGUGGACAUUCUGCUGGACAUGCUCUCCGAGACCACAGCAGAAUCCCACCUGAUGGAGAAGGAGCUGGAGGAACUAAAGAGCCACAGCCGGAGGAGGAAGUGAAGAAGAGGAGGUGGCCAGAGGACGGGGGAGCGAAGAGGCCAGCUCUGACCCUCAGUGCCUCCUCAGCGCCUUGGUAUCGCGUGUGUAGGUGCUUCACAUUCCAUGGGACUGCAAGUAACGAGGCGCCCCUGGCAUCGUGCGGUGCCGUAGGUGCCACGUAACGGCUGGGUGGCACCCCAACACAACACACGAUGACACCGUCAACUGGCACUCAUGGAUUUUCUCGGAGCACUUUACCUCGCUGCAUUUCCUCAAGAAGAUCCCUCUCCGGGCACCUUAAAAACGCAGGACACCCCCUGACCUCCCCCAAAUCUGCCCCCUGGGGGAGCCUGCGGGGGCCUUUGGCGAGAAGGGUGCUCGCUGUCGAGGCUUUUGCACCGUUUACAUAAACACAUUUAAACCCAGA